GUUCCCAGCGCAUUCAGCUGCGAAUCGUCGGUCGACAUGGAACGUUGGCGCAAUCGCAUUGCAGUCGUCACUGGCGCCAGCUCCGGCAUUGGCGCUGUGCUGAGCAAGCAGCUGAUCCAGGCGGGCGUGAUUGUUGUUGGACUGGCGCGUCGCCUGGAGCGCUUGGAGCAGCUGCGUCUGGAGCUGCCGGCGGAGCAGCGAGCGCAGCUGCACUCGCGUCAAUGCGAUGUCACAGACUUGGCGGCGGUCAAUGCCGCCUUCGAUUGGAUUGAGCACGAGCUGGGCGGCGUCGAUAUAUUGGUGAACAAUGCCGGCAAGCUGGCGGGCGGACAGCUGGUCACGCUCUGCCUGGAGACGGCGCAGCAGGUGCUGCAGACCAAUGUCAUGGGCGUUGUCUACUGCACCCAGCGCGCCUUUCGCUCGCUCCAGUCGCGCUCAGCCGCCGGCCAUGUGGUGCUCAUCAACAGCAUUGUGGGUCACCAGCUGUUCAACACGCCCCCAGGCAGUGUCCAGCCCCUGAACAUGUAUCCGGCCACCAAGCAUGCGAUCACCGCUCUGACCGAACUCUAUCGCCAGGAGUUUCGCGAUCUGCAUACCCAAAUCAAAGUAACGAGCAUUAGUCCAGGCUUGGUUAAUACGGAUCUGGUGCCGCCUGCUUUCAAAUCUUUGCCCAUGCUGCAGCCCGAGGAUGUGGCAGCUGCUAUAAUGUACGCCCUAGCCACGCCCACACAUGUGCAAGUCCAUGAGCUUAUGCUCAAGCCCAUGGGAGAACCUUUUUGAGUCCAAAAGGUAAUCCGAGAUUAUAUAUCAAUCAAAAUCUUGUAUAUGCAUUUGCAAUAUUUAUUAAAGUUAAAAUGUUUGUAUGCAUUAAAUAUAAAUACAAAAUAUA